GCUUCGCCAAGUAUGCUCAGGGAGAAAAAUUUCUGGCAGUGCUCUGCCCAGUUCACAAACCCCAAAAGACCAGGAAUAACUAGACUCCACUGUAAAUACAUGAGGUUCUUUUUAUUGUAAAUUACAAGCUGCAGCUUGGGCCCACACAUCCCACCAACAAAGCGGUGGGAGCUGAGCGCCCUGUGCCCAGAUUAGUUGGGUCAUUUAAAGAUCCUGCUCCAUCCCAGCAUGCCCAAGGCAGGGGCAAUUCCUGCCUGGCAAGCAUCUAUUGGUCAAAAUGCUACAUUUUGAAUUGAUUGGCUAUAGGAAGGUCCCCAGACUAUAAUGAUCUGGUGUCCCUCCGUAGGGGGAUGGGCCAGUUUCCUAGCAACUGUGUCUCUAGCGGCUAAUUUUUAAUCUUUUGGUCUCUCAGCAGGACCACUUUAGUCCCACCCUGGCUUGAAAAAGCUGACGUUCACUGCAUCUAAUUUUAAUGCUAUUAUUUGUAUGUUUUUUUUUCCCUCUCUUUUCUAAAAUUCAUUUAUCCACUUAGGGGAGAAUCACGCUUGUGUAGGUCAGAGAACAUUGUGGAAGUAGACUCUCUACUUCAACUGUUGUGGGGUUCUCUUAAAUCCAACAGAACUCAAACACCAGGUCAAUGUAGAGGACAAAAACGAACUGUAAUCAGGCUAUAAUCAUCCAUCAGUAGAUGGAUGAGGGACGCAGAACAGACUCGGGAGCUGAACUGCAGCCCUGAGGAGAUGUUGUACAGAAUAUUUAAAGGAUGAAACUAUAAAGCAAGAGGGAGUGGGGUGGGCUGUGGUGUUGUCUGAUCGUAUUUUGACAUAAGGGGUUGAGCAAGAGAGUUUCCGUCAACCAGGGUAAGAGUAGGUUCCUGGGCCUGGAAACAUGAGCUUAAUUUGGCCCUGCCAGCAAGAUGGAGAAGUGUCCUUGAGAUGGCUGGACCCAGACAACUGUUUCCUUACAAUAGAAGCUGUUGUCCUGGGAUGUCCCCAGGUCCCCUAGGGCCUGGGACCUUAAACUUAGUUUUUCCAUAUGAUUAAAUGGAGUCUGAGACUGUUAUGGUAGUACUUAGAGUAAGUUUCCUUUGUUACCAACACAACUAUGUGGGUUUUCAGGAACUAACUUUGGUCGUCAGUCUUGGCCUCAAGCACCACCAUCCACAGAGUAUGAAACAUUUUAAAGGAAUAAAAAGAUAAUAAUGCUGAGCUGGAUAUGAUUGGUGCAUGCCUUGAAUUCCAGCAUUCAGAAGAAAGAGAGAAGAGAGAAGGCAGAUAUUUAUGAUUUCCAGGCAAACCUGUUCUACAUAGCAACUUCCAGGUCAGCUGGACAGACACAGUGAGACCUGGUCUAGAUAGAUAGAUAGAUAGAUAGAUAGAUAGAUAGAUAGAGGUAGGUAGAGAGAGAGAGAGAGAGAGAAUCUUGGUCAGUGUCAUAUUGCUGUAAAGAGACACCAUGACUGAAACAACUAUUAUAAAUAAUUGAUGGCUUGCUUACAAUUUUAGAGGGUUAGUCCAUAAUCAUCAUUGUGGGAAGCACACAGGCAGAAACGGUGCUGUGCUGGAAAGUAGCUGAGAGCUACGUCCUGAUCAACUGGUUGAGAGAGAGACUCUGGGUUUGACAUGGGCUUUUGAAACCUUAAAGUCCACCCCCAGUGAUACACUUCCUCUGAUAAGGUCACAUUUACUUCAACAAGGACAUAUCUUCUAAUUCUUAAGUAAUGGCAUUCCUCGAUGGCUAAACAUUUAAAUAUUUAAAUGGAGGCUAUUCUUUUUUAUUAAUUUAUUUAUUUUCCAUCCGUAUCACAGUUUCCCCUACCCUCCUCCUAGCCCUCCCUCUCACCUCACCUCCCUACCAUCCUCUAAUCCUCCCUUUUUCCUCAGAAGAGGCUCAGAAAAAGGGAGGCCUCCCAUAGAUAUCAACUCAUAUGGGGGCCAUUCUUAUUCAAACCACCACAGGUAGGUAAGUAGGUAGGUAGGUAGGUAGAUAGAUAGAUGUAGACCAGCAUGACCAGAGAUGUCACAUGAGGUGGUAAUACAGACCUACAGCUAAUCCAGUAGAAACCUCACUGACCACAAUUAAUAACAGAGAAAGAAAAUCUAAAAUAGCAUAAAGAGGUCAAUAUGAAUCAUAAACCUUACUCAAACCUGACCCAGGUCACAGAAUAACAUUGCUCUUAUUUCAAUGGGAAGUUACUGGGACACUUAGCUCUCAUCAGUGCUAAACUCUCGCCUAGAAAAGGUCUUCCUCACUCACCUGGUGCAUCUCAACCUGGUACACUGAAAUCUCCAGGGGCCAUUUUGAACAUCCUAAAAUCCACUCUGCAUCCCAAAGAAAAUCAGUAAGCUGCCCUGGGAGUGGAGCCUGAAAACUCAUUUCUUUUAGAGCCUCCGGAUGGCGCAAGAUGCAGCCAAGUUUUAGAAACAGUGGACAAAGUGCCAGCUCAACACACCGUGCUUGUCCCUGCCUCUCAGGCUUCUCCUCUCCUUCCUUCCAAUCUGCCCAUGAUUUUACCACCUUCCUCCAUGUUACUUUUCCAGGGCCGCAAAUGUCUCUCCUGGGAUUAGACAAUUCCUUCCUUUCCUCCCUUAUUCCUAUGCUAUUCAAACUGUCUAAUAAGCUGAGGUAGCCUAGCACUAAAGCUGACAGCUCACUGACAGAAAACUUAGCACUUAAAUUUUAUAUAUUUAUAUUCUAGCAACUCCUGGAAAGGAACUUGCAAUAAAUGAAUUAUGAAUUCAUAUCUAUUUUGUGGCUGCACUAUAGGGUUGGACAAUUAUCUUUGGACAAGUUUAGAACAAAAUCACUGUGGAUAAUAAAAAUAAAUAAAUGCCAACUUUUUGGGUUGAUUCCAUUUUGGCUAAGCAAGUAGUCAACCGGAUGGAUUUCAGCCCAACUGCAGCCUCAGGUGAGGUGCUCCCAUUAGGAUCCAGAUAUCUUCAAGGCCUACCUCAAAGUGUACCAUACCAUGUUUGGCAGGGAAGAGAGGAAUUAUGCCUCAGGCAAGCAGAUGAGCCAGGGUAGGCGCAUAAUCACAGUUUUAUUGGGGACUGGGGUGGGAGGUUCAUACCUCAAAACCUACCUGGGCUGCAGCGUGAGGUCAAAGGCUAUCUGUUUGACCUAGAGAGACCCUAUCUCAAAACUGAACUGAAGAAAGUCUGGGGGAAUAAGGAUGUCAUCCAGCCAUGAAGUGCGUGUCCAGCUCAUGAGGAACUUCAGGUUCAAUCUGCAAUACCAUAAAAUAAAAAUCAAAAAGACAGCCAAGAGAAGAGAUUCUUGCCACAGGGCCUGUUUUCUGGAUAACCAGGUUUAGGGCAUGGAGGAACUGGUGGACCAGGGGCUGGUGAAAGCCCUGGGCGUCUCCAACUUCAACCACUUCCAGAUUGAAAGGCUCCUGAACAAGCCUGGACUGAAACAUAAGCCAGUGACCAACCAGGUUGAAUGCCACCCCUACCUGACACAGGAAAAACUGAUCCAGUACUGUCACUCCAAGGGCAUCACCGUUACAGCCUACAGCCCUCUGGGCUCUCCAGACAGACCUCAAGCCAAGCCAGGAGACCCUGUAAUCCUGGAGAUUCCCAAGAUUAAAGAAAUUGCUGCAAAGCAUAAGAAAACCGCAGCACAGGUUCUGAUUCGGUUCCACAUCCAGAGGAAUGUGGCCGUGAUCCCCAAGUCUGUGACACCCUCCCGCAUAGAGGAGAACAUUCAGGUCUUUGACUUCCAGUUGAGUGAUGAGGAGAUGGCCACCAUCCUUAGUUUCAACAAAAACUGGAGGGCCUGUGGCCUGUUUGCGGCAAGCCAUAGUGAGGACUUCCCUUUCCACGCAGAAUACUGAAGCUGAAUCACCUGAUGGGUUUGCCUGGUGGACCUCUUCACUGAUAUGCAACUCACUCCUCCUGAGUCCUAUUUUUUCUUUGCUACACCAUGAGAUGCCAUACUGAGCCAGCCACGAUAGGGCAAUUCUGCAUUUAAAUUCUCAUGUUCAACUAGAAGCGGACUGUCACAGGGAAAUGUGACUCAGCAAAGGACAACGGCUUUCACUAAUUUGCUCUGGCCAAAUGUUUGUCAAACACCAGGACCACUAGCAACAUUGAGGAUAAAAAGAAUAAUAAAAUAGAAAGGAAACGCC